GGCGAGUUGAACUUAUUAUUUAAUAGUGAGACGAUAAUAUUUAAACAAUGGCCACUUGUUACCAAAAACAUCCUUUCGAGAUCGAGAACGAAGACCGCCUCACCACUAUAAACACAAAAAUAUUUGAGAUCAAGAAGAAAAUACAAUUGUCAGAAGGACAAAGAAAAUCAUGUUACGAAGAGAACGAACAAGAGAAACAACAAAACAAUGACCUUAUAGAUACGCUAAAAAAAGAGAUCAAACUGCGAUUAAGCGAGUUGACUCAGGCUAAGCUAAUUAUUGGAGAAGAAGAGGUCCAGGUCAAGAAGUAUUUAAAUGAGAUAUGCCCGACAGGAAACAAAAGCAGUGAUCAGAUAAUUCACAACUUAGACCUAAAAGUAAUAGAACAGCGAAAAUUGUUAGACCUACUGAAGUACGAGAAGCGUAGCAAAAAGAACAAACUGCGACAAUUCGAGAAGGAUUACGAGCACUUACUCAUUGAGAGCACAAAAAGCGAACUUGUCAAAUCUAAAACCAGCACCAAGGCUAGAAAGCAUAUGUCUCAUUUGGAGAACGAAAUCCACAAAGUAAUCAUUCAGUGGACCGAAGCGGAAUUGGUCAAAAAGAAGUAUUUCUCCAUCAGACAAGCAUUAUUAGAUGACUCGGUGAAGUUUGAAAGUUCAUUAACUCGAAUCGAAGAGGCGCUGAAGAAGCAAAACGAAGAAAUUGCUAAGUUAGAAAAAAUUCGAGAAGACGCCGCUGAGAUGCGGGUACGGGCAACUGCGGCGGCUUCGGUGGAGGUGGCGCGCGCGCACGACGCUGAACAUGAGCGCGCAGCAGAGAAGGCUUACUUCGCGCAGCGGUUCAGCGAGAGGAAGCGGGAGUUAGAGAGGCUGGAGAAGAGGAUCUUCCCACCUCAAGCUCGGGUGGUGCGCCAGGAGUCGGUUGGGUCUACCGAGGGCGAGGUGGUCACAGAAGAGGCUACAGCGGCCGCCCAAAUGGAAGCAAUAUUCCAGAGGCUCAUGAAACUAACUGGUGUUAACGAUGCCGAGGAAGUCUUCGAGAGAUUUCAAGCGCAGCGCGAAACAUGCAAGCGUCUUAACUAUUUGCAGCAAACUACCGAAGAGGAAAAACUCGAGCUGGAAAGCACCCAAACAUCACUCAUGGCUGAAUUAGAAGCGUUUAAGUUUGCAUCCGUCAAGGAUAAGGAUGAAGGACAGGAGCAAAUAAGUGAACUAAAAGAAGAAAUUGUAAAAGAAAACGAAACGUACGCAGAAAUAGAGAAGCAGCACGAUGAUGUUAAUAAAUUGUUAAUGGAAAUAAAAAGAUUGCUUUACGAUCUGUGCAAACUUCUGGAUGUCAUACCAGAUCCAACAAUACCCGAAUGGACAGCAGAAGCCCGCGAUGUACAAGAAAUAAUCUCGGUGCUGAAUACUCGAUAUGAAAAAGCAAGGGCACGAGCAGAAGAAAUUCGAAAUAAACAAGGCGAUGCGACCAUUAUUACGAUACCUUCCAAUCCUGCAAGCCGUCCCUCAUCGGUGGCUGGAGUGAGCGUCCACAGUCAAAGCACACACAAGGAGUCUGAACGAGUGACGGCAGUGCCUACGUACAAGGAGCUGGUACAGAAAGAGCCAGUUAAAGGAGGACAAUCCGAUGAAGAAGAAGACAUACCAUCCAGGUGUUACCUGAAACGGCAGGCGCAGUUGAUAGUAGACACAAAGUGCAGGAGGAAAGGGUUCAGAGCUUUCCCAAGGAAAUAAAGACUGCACUAUGAAAUUCCAUCAACUAUUAGUUACUCACAAAACAGGCCCCCAAUAAAA